AUGUCUUGGCCCACGAAUGAGCAACAAGUAGCACCUCUCGGGCUAUCCCUCCAUGAUCAAGACAAAAUCUACGCCGCGGGUGACACAAUCACGGGUACGAUUCAUAACUGGAACCAACAUCGGAUCAAUGGCAGCUGGAUUGAGCUCAUACUCGCUGGCCGUUGCAAAUCAACGCUGCAAUUUCCGAGAAAGGUCUAUUACACCCACAAGGACCGAGUACCAUUGAUAUACCACAUCGAGAAACUGCAUCCCGCCGAGUCCGAUGGGGAAAUCCAUUUCUCUAUCGCGAUCCCCCACCGGGUUCAGAAAGAUCUUUCAGGCCUACCUGAUCUCAAAAAGAGGCUCGGCUAUUGGACGCACUCAUGGUCUAAUUCACCGUUCUUUAACACACAAUCCGAACACGAAUUACCACCAUCAAUAGCCGUGUCUAGGAGUCUUUUAGUAAACAACGGGGAAUUGUGUGGGUCGGGACAUAUCCACUACACACUCACGGCGGUUAUAUCAAAAAUGGGGGAGAGCGGUGAAAAGACAGAGGUUUUUUGUUCUGACGAGGAGACUUUGGAUAUCACUACAUCUCGUAUUUCAGUGAAGGACUGGGGGGAACUAUCCCGGAACAACCAGACUACUGAUAAUUCAACGUUUACAUUAAUGUUGCCGGAAAAGGGACUGCAAUUUAAAAGCAAAGAGAAGCCAAAACUAGCAAUCAUGAAGAAAAUCGAACAAGCCUUUGGUAAGAAUCCAUCCUUGACCAUGGCAACACAAAUCACUUUUCCGAGAGUUGCUACGGUGGGCAGCAGCAUAACGUUUUCACUGCGUUUGGGCAGCGUGUCAAGUUCACAUAAAAACCCCAAUGGUUUUACCCUUCCGCCUAUCACUCUGCAACGAGUUGAAGUGUGCCUUAAGGAUGCUAUCGCCUUACGCUGCUCGCGUCCUGUCAUGAGGCUGCAUGAACAUAUAAACGAGUUCCCUGGCCGUCACGUUGGCGAAAUCUCUUGUCAGGUGAACCAUGUUUUCAAUCCUAUGGAUGACGGGAAAAGUUAUCAAAACAGGGAGUGCCAGGUGGAGUUCGAAAUCCCAGCUUCGUGUUCUCCGACAUUUAUGACAUGGAACGUCAGUAACCAAUGGUAUCUUCAUGUUAAUGCUUUCUUUAAAUGCCUCGGUAAGGUGUCGACAAAGUCAUAUCACGGCAGCAUAAAACUUAUUUCCGAACCAAAAUUAUCUGUCAACAGUAUAGGGGAGGCGAGAGGACUUUCUGGAAAGGCAAAAGAGUUUCCUAGAAAGAUGGUAGAACUUCAAGGGAAUAAAGCAGUGGCAGAACUUCGUGGGGACAGAGCAGUGGUAGAACUUGAUGGAGACAAAGCAGCGGCAGAACUUCAUGGAGACAAAGUAGUGGCAGAACUUCCAGGGCACAUAGAAGUGGCAGAGCUUCCUGCAUGA